CCAAAAAAAAGAAAAAACCCACCUCGAUAGUCUUCACGCAUUAUAAAAUAUUUAAAUAUUUAUAAAAAUUGUAUAUAUGCAACGUAACAUAAUCCAUGUCUUGUUUCGAAAAUUCUGUUAUUAUCAUCUCUCUGUUUGUUGGGUUGUGUCUGAAACGACUUGCAUCUAUGUUUGCUAACCCAAAACCAUUCCUUCUGAAUCUUUGUCUUCAAAUUCUCUUCCUUCUUGUUUUCUAGUUUUCCCCAAACUCAAUUCCCAUCUUUUCUCCUUUUCUUCCGAGUUUCCCAUCUUUAUUUUUGAGAAAAAAAAAUACGUGUUAGGUGUUACUAUAAAGUUUUUGUAAGAGAAACGAAAAUGGCGGAGGUUUUUCUCGCCUGGGUUAUGAUAACCGUCUUGGUUUUGGAGGCUGCGGUGGUUAUGGGUGGUUUUCCGGUGACUUUGAAGCUGGAGAGAAGCAUUCCUCUCCCGAGUCAUGAACUCGAGCUGAGUCGAGUCAGAGAACGUGAUAGACUCAGGCAUGGAAGGUUGUUGCAGUCCUCUGGUGGUGUCGUGGAUUUUCAAGUUCAAGGCACCUAUGAUCCGUUUCUUGUUGGGCUAUAUUAUACAAAAUUACAAUUAGGUUCUCCUCCAAGGGAAUUCUAUGUACAGAUUGAUACUGGAAGUGAUGUUUUAUGGAUAGGGUGCAAUUCCUGCAAUGGUUGUCCUGAAUAUAGCGGACUACAAAUUCAACUUAAUUUGUAUGAUCCUGGAAGCUCAUCAACAGCUUCAUUGGUCUCAUGUUCAGACCAAAGGUGUAGUGCAGGUGCCCCAUCAUCAGAUUCCGGCUGUUCAGGUCAGAGCAAUCAAUGCAGUUACACAUUUCAAUAUGGAGAUGGUAGUGGCACAUCGGGCUAUUAUGUAGCGGAUUUGUUGCAUUUUAAUUCAAUUUUUGAGGGAGCUAUGACUUCUAAUUCUACUGCUCCCAUUAUGUUCGGGUGUAGUGUGUUGCAGACUGGAGAUUUGACAAAGUCUGAUAGAGCGGUUGAUGGAAUCUUUGGGUUUGGGCAGCAGGGUUUGUCUGUAAUCUCUCAACUUUCAUCACAGGGAAUAACACCUAAAGUGUUUUCCCACUGCUUAAAAGGAAAUAAUGGUGGUGGGGGUAUACUUGUUUUUGGCGAGAUUUUGGAGCCGAAUAUUGUUUAUACUCCACUCGUCCCAUCACAGCCUCACUAUAAUCUUGAUCUUGUGAGCAUUUCAGUUGGUGGGCAAGUUUUAUCAAUUGACCCAUCAGUGUUUGCAACAUCAAACAACCAAGGAACAAUAGUUGAUUCUGGGACAACUUUGGCAUACUUAGCUGAUGAAGCUUAUGAUGCAUUCGUCAAUGCUAUUACAAACACGGUUUCACAAACUGUGCGCCCUGUUCUUUCCAAGGGAAAUCAAUGCUACCUAAUAACCUCCAGUGUAACUUACAUAUUCCCUCAAGUUAGUCUGAACUUUGCUGGUGGCGCAUCCAUGAUUUUAAAUCCUCAGGACUAUCUUGUACAGCAGAAUUCUAUUGGUGGUGCUGCAGUUUGGUGCAUUGGCUUUCAGAAAAUUCAGGGUCAAGGGAUAACAAUUUUAGGAGAUCUUGUUCUGAAAGACAAAAUCUUCGUUUAUGAUCUGGCAAAUCAACGGAUUGGAUGGACGAACUAUGACUGUUCAACGUCUGUCAAUGUCUCUGCAAAUGCUAAUACAGGAAGAACUGAAUUUGUAAAUGCGGGGCAGAUUAGCAAUGAUGGUUCCUCGUGGGAUCAACUCCGGAGCAUGAGAGCUUUACUUCCACAUAUGUUCGCGCUUGCCGGUCUACUGUUUUCGUAGCAUAUACUGCAAGGAUUCCGGAAUUAACACUCUCGGUUUCAUUGUAUAAUUUCUCUCCGGUUUGCAUUUAUAGUUGUUCGUAUUUAUAACAAUGGGGAGAACCAUGAUUAAUUGUUUGAUUGCUUCUAACUUGUGCAAUGCAAUUGUAGGUUAUAUUUUCAGGGCUCUGUUUUUCUUUGGAGUGUAUCUUCGUCAGCCACGUAGAAUUAUAGAUUUAGGGUUUACUUUAUUGGCGGUGGUGUAAAUUACAUUCAUACAGGAUCAUCUUAACAGCAAAUUUAAUUUAUACAAUCCUUCUUGCAUUUGUUUCUUCAAGUUAUUCCUUUUAAUCUGUGCUUCCAUUGAUUUUACUUUUAAC